AUGAAUCCUAUGUCAGUGCUGAUGGUGGUGAUCCUGGGAGUCACCACCUUGCUACCCUAUGUUCCAGCUCUGACCUGCCAUAGAGCCAGAAUACAGACUGUGCGCAACGUGACAGAGCUGCCCCUUGAGUGGGAAAAGGGUGAGAGAACUUGCGAGGUCGGCGAGGGUUGCCAAGACUCGGUGAUGCUGCUGUACAAUGGACCCCAGAUCAACUUAGUGGUCAUCAAGGGCUGCAUUAAGGUUGAGGACCAAGAGCCACGCGUUACUUGGCUCAAGACAGGCCCUGGCCUCUCUAUCGUCACCUACACCCACGUGUGUCGCCACCGUGACUUCUGCAACGAUGCAAAAAGCACUGAGAUCUUCGAGGACCUACCGACAACCACAGUCCCAGGGUCCCUGCGCUGCCCAUUCUGCCUUUCUAAUGACAGCUGUGAGGAUGCACCAGAACAGGUCUGUCCUGCAGGAAGCACACACUGCUACGAUGGAGUUCUCAGGCUCAGGGGAGGAGGGAUCGUCUCUGAUCUGAAGGUGCAGGGAUGUAUGUCCGAGUCCCAGUCAGACUGCAACCUGCUCAACGGCACCCAGACAAUCGGAUCCAUAAAAGUGAGUGAGGAUUGCGGUCUUCAGUUAGUUGCGGAGGCUCUGAAAUGCCAGCAUGGGACGCUGGAGUCCGUGCAGGAUAUAUCAGACCUGCCUCUCCAGUGGACGGCUGGCCAGAAAACGUGCGAUGUGGGUGAAGGCUGCCAAGACACGCUGGUGAUGAUAGAGAAUGGAGAGCAGGUGAACUUGGUUCUCACGAAGGGCUGCACUACCGCAGAGGACCAAGAGGCCAAAGUCACAGAGCACAGGACUGGCCCGGGGUUGUCUGUCACCUCCUACACCCGAGUAUGCCGUGAAAAAGACUUCUGCAAUGACCUGUCUACCACAAUCCCUCUCUGGACUCCACCUCUGGUGACAGCCCCAGGGACCACACGCUGCCCCCUCUGCUUUUCUGCACAAGCCUGUGAGAACGCGCCAGAGCAGGUCUGCCCCGCAGGUAGUAUGCACUGCUACAAUGGAGUCCUCAGGUUCUGGGGAGGAGGGAUUAUCUCCAAUCGGAAGGUGCAGGGAUGCAUGUCUCAGCCAGGCUGCAACCUGCUCAACGGCACUCAGAGAAUUGGGCCCGUGAGUGUGAAUGAGGACUGCAGUCCCCUGUCAAACCCCACAGGACAAAAAUCAGCCCUCCUGGGGAGCAAAGGCUGCAGCAGUCCUGGAACACAGAACAGUGUUGGUGUCUCCACAUUCUCCCAGUCCCCUGGGAUGCUGGUAGCUUCCUAUACCAGAUUCUGUUCCUCCCACCUGUGCAAUGAAGCCAACAGCAGCAGCAUUCUUCUAAGCAUCCUCCCUCGUCCAAAUGUCCGUCCCCCAGGAGCUGUGCAGUGUCCUGUGUGUGUGCAGUUAUCUUUAUCCUGCUCAGGGAACACCAGCUCUGUCACCUGCCCUCAGGGUGCCACUCACUGUUACAAAGGUGACAUUUUGCUAAGUGGAGGUGGACUGUCUUCUAUAGUGAGCAUUCAGGGGUGCAUGGCCCCACCUAUCAAAUCCUUACUGGGUGACUCCAAAACAAUCGGGAUCUUCUCGGCAAAGGAGAUCACUAACUUUCAUCAUGAGGAUGAAUAUAAUGAAAACCCUAUUUUUGAUGAUGCCUCGGCCUCUUCCCUGGCCUGGGUGUUAGGGCUCUUGGCUCUUCUCAGCUCUUUGUGGGCUGGGAUUUGUCCUCUCUGCUGAACCCCUUUCCCUGUCAAUCUUUAUCCCUCUUGGCCAACCAUACCCAGCCCUCCUCUGACCUCAUAACCCAAAGACCUGAGACUGGGCACUGUCGGCCUGCGCUGGCGGGUGCCCUCAU